AGAAAGAGAGAAAGAGAUGGGUAGAGCUCCAUGCUGUGAUAAGGCAAAUGUGAAGAAGGGACCUUGGUCACCAGAGGAGGAUGCAAAGUUGAAAAAAUACAUAGAAGAGAAUGGCACUGGUGGAAAUUGGAUUGCUCUUCCUCAUAAGAUAGGUCUGAAAAGAUGUGGGAAAAGUUGCAGACUAAGAUGGCUGAAUUACUUAAGGCCAAACAUCAAACAUGGUGGAUUCUCAGAAGCAGAAGACCAGAUCAUAUGCAAUCUUUAUAUUAGUAUUGGGAGCAGGUGGUCAAUUAUUGCAGCACAAUUGCCAGGAAGAACAGACAAUGACAUCAAGAACUACUGGAACACAAGGUUGAAGAAGAAGUUGCUUGGUAAGAGGCCGGAGACAUUAUCGUCUUCCCGCCUUUCUAGCAUUGAAAACUCCGGUGAUGAACUUAAUGGAAUGCAUUGCAACUCUCCUACUCAAUCUCUAAGCGCAUCGGCAAUCGAAAGGAUGCAACUUCACAUGCAACUUCAAGGUCUAUGCAAUCCUUUCUCCUUCUACAACCACCCUGCACUAUGGCCUAAACACCAUCUUCAAAUGGAUAGACCACUUCAUAGUCAACAAACCGACGCAAUUAUCACGGCUCCGGUGAGUCAAGUUACCGAAGAUUAUCGAUUAUCACAACAAGGUAUUAAUCUUCCAAUGAGUGCAACUGUGCAAGAAGAAUUAGGCUUCUCAUCAUCUUCAAGCUCAACUGUUUUCAAUUCUGAGGUGGCUGGACUGCAAGCUGAGCUCAGGGAGUUGAUAUAUGGAAGGAAUGAGAGCUUUGGUGGACAAAGUAGUGAUAAUCAAAUAACUAUUCCAGACUGUUUAAAAGACAUGAAUGAAGGAAAAGAACACAUGAAUUGGUGGCCUAACAAUACAAUAGAGGACAAGUAUUCAUCACCAAUUAGCUCUUGGGACUCAGCAUCUGGUUUCCAACCAGAUUCACUGAUUCAAGAUUUCAUGUCAUGCUAUGAUGUUCUAUAGGAAUUUUAUUAACAUCAUUGAGAGAUCGGCAAAGACGAUGAUGGCGAAAAAUACUAAGGAUACAAGUGAUUCUACUUGAGAUCAG